ACUCUCUUACCUCAGACUGGCAUCGAUUAUCGUCGCCUCUACGAAGAGGAGAGGGCCGAAAAGGACCGACUCAAAUGUGCCUUGGAUCAGUUGGUGCGUGAGUUAUCCGACAUGCACACCGAGUUAGCCAGACUGCAGAUGUCAGCCAACUCCACUUCAAUGUCCAACUCAGCCGCAUCCAUAUACACCAAAUCCUCAAGCAUCCAGCCAGACGUAGUAAGCCAUGAGCCUGUUUUAUGA